UAAAUUUUUGUCACGUUGCUGGUUUGACGGGAAGGUUUUUGUGCUCCGGCAUUUUUUGCAAAGUAAUAAAAAUCAAAUACUGAAUAAAAUAAUAAACAAACAGCAUUAAAACAAUAAAACAUUUUCAAGGCAUUAACGGAAAUAAACAAAACAAACAAAUAUGGUGGCAAAUAAAAGUGCCAGCGUUUCGCCUGAACGGCUGACCAGAGAAGAUGUGUGUCGAGUCCCAGAAACCAUUUCAUUUCCUGCCGAGGAAGAAAACAUCCUAGAUGAAUGGAAGGCCAAUAAGACAUUUGAAAAAUGUAUGCAGAUAUCGAAAGGAAAACCAAAAUAUACUUUCUAUGAUGGCCCUCCAUUUGCCACGGGUCUACCUCAUUAUGGUCAUAUAUUAGCCGGUACGAUAAAAGACAUUGUUACCCGCUAUGCAUAUCAGCAGGGUUACCACGUGGAUCGUCGUUUUGGCUGGGAUUGUCACGGUUUGCCGGUCGAAUUUGAAAUUGACAAAACCUUGAACAUCAAAGGCCCCGAAGAUGUGGCCAAAAUGGGUAUUGCUGCCUACAAUGCUGAAUGCCGGAAGAUUGUAAUGCGUUAUGCCAAUGAAUGGGAGAGCAUUGUGACGCGUAUGGGUCGUUGGAUUGAUUUUAAAAACGAUUAUAAAACCCUGUAUCCAUGGUAUAUGGAAUCUAUAUGGUGGGUUUUUAAGCAGCUAUACGACAAGGGUUUGGUAUACCAGGGUGUCAAAGUAAUGCCUUAUUCAACGGCCUGUACAACGGCUUUGUCGAAUUUUGAAUCCGGCCAAAAUUAUAAGGAAGUUGUAGAUCCCUGUGUCGUUGUUGCCCUAGAGGCUAUUGGUAAUGAAAAUACCUAUUUCUUGGUAUGGACGACCACACCAUGGACACUGCCAUCGAAUUUCGCAUGCUGUGUUAAUCCAAAUAUGAUUUAUGUUAAGGUAACCGAUGUUAAAACUGGUCGCUUUUAUAUCUUGGCUGAAUGCCGUUUGAGCUACGUCUAUAAAAACGAAUCCGAGUAUCAAAUUGUCGAAAAGUUUGCUGGUAAAACUUUGGGUGGUGCCCACUAUAAGCCACUCUUCCCAUAUUUUGCCAAACGUGGUGAAGAAGUACGUGCUUUCCGUGUACUCGUCGAUGACUACGUUACAGAGGAUUCUGGUACUGGUAUUGUCCACAAUGCUCCCUACUUUGGUGAAGACGAUUACCGCGUUUGUUUGGCUGCUGGCCUCAUUACCAAAUCUAGUGCCGUCAUUUGUCCUCUGGAUGAUUCUGGUCGUUUUACCGAAGAAGUAACCGAUUUCAAGGGUCUCUAUGUUAAAGAGGCGGACAAACAAAUUAUCACCUUUUUGAAAAACAGUGGCAAUUUGGUAUCUUCUGGGCAAGUGAAGCAUAGUUAUCCAUUCUGCUGGCGUUCAGAUACCCCCUUGAUUUAUAAAGCAGUACCAUCGUGGUUUGUGCGUGUCGAACAUAUGUCCAAGAAUCUUUUGGCUGCCAGUUCGCAAACAUAUUGGGUACCAGAUUUCAUCAAGGAAAAACGUUUUGGUAAUUGGUUGAAGGAGGCCCGCGAUUGGGCCAUCAGCCGUAACCGUUAUUGGGGUACACCCAUACCGAUUUGGAGAAAUAACGAUGAAAUGAUCUGUGUGGGCAGCAUCAAGGAGUUGGAACAAUUGUCUGGCCAACGCAUAACUGAUUUACAUCGUGAAUCGGUUGAUGCCAUAGAAAUCCCAUCUGCCAUUCCCGGCAAUCCACCAUUGAAACGUAUUACCCCGGUAUUUGAUUGUUGGUUUGAAUCGGGUAGCAUGCCUUUUGCCCAGCAACACUUUCCCUUUGAAAACGAAAAAGAUUUUAUGUCAAAUUUCCCAGCCGAUUUCAUUGCCGAAGGUAUCGAUCAGACAAGAGGUUGGUUCUACACCUUGUUGGUUAUUUCAACGGCCCUGUUUAAUAAGGCUCCAUUUAAAAAUUUAAUUGCCAAUGGUUUGGUGUUGGCUUCCGAUGGCCAGAAAAUGUCGAAACGCAAGAAGAACUAUCCGGAUCCAUUGGAAGUUGUAACAAAAUAUGGUGCCGAUGCUUUGCGUCUGUAUCUCAUCAACUCGCCGGUGGUGCGUGCUGAAAGUUUGCGCUUCAAGGAGGAGGGUGUACGUGAUAUCAUCAAGGAUGUUUUCUUGCCCUGGUACAAUGCCUAUCGCUUCCUUUUGCAAAACAUUGCACGUUUCGAAAAGGAAGAUUUACAAAAUAAGGGUCUCUAUACCUAUGACAAGGAACGUCAUUUGAAGAAUAUUGAUAAGGCUUCGGUAAUUGACAUUUGGAUCUUAUCUUUCAAAGAGUCUCUACUCGAAUUCUUUGCCACCGAGAUGAAGGGCUAUAGAUUGUAUACUGUCGUGCCCCGAUUGACCAAGUUCAUUGAUCAGUUGACCAAUUGGUAUGUCCGCCUGAAUCGUCGCCGCAUCAAGGGUGAAAUGGGCAAAGAUGAGUGCGUACAAUCCUUGGACACCCUUUAUGAUGUCUUGUUUACCAUGAGCAAAAUGAUGGCACCUUUUACCCCCUACCUGGCUGAAUACAUUUUCAAGCGUUUGGUGUUGUUCCAACCCAAGGGUGCCAGUGAAAACACCGAAUCUGUACAUUUCCAAAUGAUGCCUACCUCAAAUCGCAAAUUCAUUCGCUCCGAUAUUGAAAAAUCUGUUGGCCUUAUGCAGGCUGUCGUUGAAUUGGGUCGUGUCAUGCGUGAUCGUCGUACAUUGCCAGUCAAGUAUCCAGUGUCGGAAAUCAUUGUCAUUCACAAAGAUCCUAAAUGCCUGGAGGCCAUAAAGAGCCUUGAAGAUUUCAUUUUGAGUGAACUGAAUGUACGCAAACUGACUUUGAGUUCGGAUAAGGAGAAGUAUGGUGUCACCAUGAGAGCAGAACCCGAUCACAAGACUUUGGGUCAACGUUUGAAGGGUAACUUCAAAUCGGUAAUGGCUGCCAUUAAGGCUCUGAAGGAUGAAGAAAUUCAAAAAUAUAUUAGCCAAGGUUACUUUGAAAUUGAAAAGCAACGUGUGGAAUUGGACGAGGUUCGUGUUAUCUACUGCAUUUCCAGUCAGCUUGGAGCCAAUUUCGAGGCUCACAGUGAUAAUGAAGUAUUAGUUCUGUUGGAUGUUACACCCAAUGAGGAGCUCUUGGAGGAAGGUCUAGCCCGUGAAGUCAUCAAUCGUGUACAAAAAUUGAAGAAGAAGGCCCAAUUGAUACCCACAGAUCCCGUUUUGAUUUACUACGAAUUGAAUGCCCCAGCUGCAAAGAAGACCGAAGCCGAGCAAAUGCAAAAGGUUAUGGGCAAAUAUAAUGCCAUGAUCAAGACAACCAUUAAAUCUGAAUUCGCCAAGUACAAUGCCGAGGAGGCUGGCAAGAAACGUCUCAUCAUCAGUGAAUCUGUGGAUCUCAAGGGCAUUGAUCUCAAACUUACCAUUUGCUCAACAGAAGAAGUACAACUGCCCCAAUUGAAAUGGCUCAAUUUGGCCUUGCAUGCCGAUAUACAGCCUCGUUUUGGUAGAUCCAAUAAGGCCUCACUGCUACUUGAAGAUUCAGUUAGCAAGAAGUUCAUAACCUAUGAACAGUUAAGGAAGGAAGUCGAGGUUCUAUUCGGCAUCUACGGCAUUAAUUACCAGCUGUAUGUGGUAAACAAACAAAAGGCCGUCGAAGUCAAUAGUGUGGAUGCCUCUCUCAAUGGCAAGCUUUUGAUAAUUGCCAAGACAUCGGAAGGGGCACUUAAAUUCCCCCACGAUGCCAGGUCGAAUAUGCCCUAUUGCAAAUUUGUGAAUAAGUCCGGUACUACGGUAUUCACUGAAAACCCAUUAGGGUUUUCUUUAGCUGCCUGAGCGAAACACAAACGAGAAGAAGACUAAAAGUAGUUGUGUUGCCCCUAAAUAUAUAUUCGACAUUAGUAGUGAGUGGCUUGUGUUAUUUAUUUAUCCUCCGCAUACCCCUCCUCCAAUCUUUCCUUAUACCUCAAUUAUGUGAAACAUUACCGAAAAUGAAUUACAGUGAAAUAUCCGGAGAAAUCUUAAAGGUUUUAAAAAUACUUAAUUUUACAAUAAAUAAAAAUUUGAAAAUAAACAUUUCACUUGAA